AUGCCUAACAACGUACCAGAUAGAGAAAAACCGAUUCUUGAAGCUCUUACUGAGAGAAGGGAUCGUUUGAUCAGUUUAAAAAAAGAUAGAAGUAGAUCGAUAAGGGCGUCCGAUGUUACUGACAUAUUUGAUGAG